GGCUUCUCCACCACUACCAGUAUUAUUCACAAGAGCGCCGACCGUUCCGAUCCUUGGGCUUCAGUUUGAGAAGAAGCGGGCCGUCAAGGUAUCAAUCGCUGUAAUCAGACCCGCGCAACCGUCCGCAGCGUGCGGCUUAACAAUGCGGAAGAUUUCUCAUGGACCGGGAUUAUGGGUGUAUUCGUAGAUCAUAACAACAUCAUGCCAGACGAUGGCAUCAAACUUGAGAGGAACGCUGGCCUCUUGAUGGCAACGAACAACGCAACCAUCGCAUUCAAAGCCAGCACUGAACGUCUAUAUUUGCCGGAACCACAUUUCUACAAGCUGAUUGCAAAGCAACCCAUCCAGACCUCUCCAGCGAUCCAUAGAGGCUACUGGCUUCGUAUGCGAGCCAUAGAAUGGGUGGUACGCCAGUUCCUCGAAAAGCCAUCUGGCCAGAAGAAGGUCAUUGUCAAUCUGGGUUGUGGGUAUGAUCCCCUACCUUUCCAAUGGCUUGCUCGAGAGAAGCCGCUAUGCUCGAACACGAAAUUUAUCGACGUUGAUUACGAGCCGCUCAUGGAAACCAAGCGGGAGAUCAUUUUCAAUCAACCAGACAUGAGAGGUUUGUUGCAUUGCGUGGUACCCAAUCCUAUCGAGAGGGAAUCCGCAGUCAUAGUCGACAGUCAAGAAUACUCGGCACUUGGUUGUGAUUUGCGCAACCUCCGAAAGCUCGGAAAGCUUCUACGGUCUGUGGUAGACCUCGAAGACAGUAUGAUUCUUUGCAUAGCUGAAGACAGCACCUGCUAUAUGCGUAUGGAAGCAGCUAAUGCUCUCAUAUCAUGGACUUCUGGACUCUCUGCAGACGUAACCUUUUGCAUUCUAGAGCCGCGCAGCCCUGAUCAGCCCGACAACGCAUUUACCUCGAAAAUGACAAGCUACUACGCCAAGCAAGGAACACCUUUGAGAUCUGUGUUCGAAUAUUGCGGCCAACAUACCUAUACUCAACGUUUUCGUGAGGCGGGGUUCACCCAGGUCGAAUAUCAAAAUCUUUGGCAGCUAUGGGCGGACUCAAGAUUUUUGUCACCAUCUCAACGCAUGGCUUUGGAUCAUAUUGAGCCCUUCGACGCGUGGGAGGAGUUUGCCUUGUAUGGUAGCCACCAUUGUCUCGUUGUGGCCCAUACUCAAAUGGAACCCGUGCUACCACAGAGACUUAUGUCUCGUCGAAACUCUGAUGCGAGUGAUGAUUCUGACAUGUCCGCAAGGACGUCCUCGCCAAACAAUCCCGAGUCUCAUCUGACCGUUUUCCGUUACUACGAAGCGCCCGGCAACCUCUGCGAGCGCCAUCAUGGCUCGACUUAUCCCAUACCCGGCCAAGAUGCAAUUGCUGUUUAUGGUGGACAAGGGCCUACAGCAUGUCGAGCAACAAGUGCGGUAUGCAGGCCACGAUAUCUUCGAGACGAAACACCGACUGUUCUUCCAGCUGAGGUCGGUGCCCGUUGCUGUCAUGUCUGUACGGCGAUGAAUAAUGGGGACAAUAUACUUGUUGGUGGUCGCGCCUUGCCCAGCCAGCCAUUACGAGACUGCUGGCUACAGAAAGGCAACACAUGGCACCGGAUUCAUGAUUUGCCCGAGCCUCGUUACCGAUGUCGAGUUGUGCCAGUCACGUUGCCUGACAAUGUCUUCGGCGCUGUCUGUUUGGGUGGGAAGACCGGACCCACGAAGGUCGCCACUGAUAUAUUGCUCUGGCAACCUAGUAAAGGUUGGAGCGUUCUUCGUGCCUUGAAAAGCCAACCUGUACCUCGAUUUGGUCCCAAUUUCAUACGACUGGGAUUCAAUCAUGGACUGUUCUUUGGAGGUAUGCGACAGGAUGGGGUGAUAUGUCAAGACUUCUGGCGCUGGAGACUCGUGAUCCGUGACAACGUUGUGAUGGGCAUUUCUUUUCGCCCUUCACAUGCUCUGGAUGCGAGCGCUGGAGCUUAUCCAUGGUUCUCCCGCUUUGGCGCUUCCUAUGGCUUCGUCCAGGAUAAUCUACUCAUCAUCGGCGGAAUAGCCAAGGGUGGUGGCAUACCAAAGACUUACGAAAUCCUGUCGUUGACUGGAAGCUUCUCCAUUCUCCACGACGAAGGGAAAGAAUUCAGCCUACGUGUGACAUCCCUUGAGCCUCUUAGAGAGCCGUCUUGCCCUCGACCAUUCUUGAUCGGACAUUCAACCCACAGGACGCAGUCCGGAAUGUUCGUCAUCAUCGGAGGUGGAGCUACAUGCUUCCACUAUGGCAAUUAUUUCAACAAAGGCAUCUGGGUCUUGCACGACAAGGAGGCCGGAAUCUCUGCAGAUUGGGUUAUUGUCCCAACACGACCUUCCAUUUUACCUGGAGGCCGCUCUGACACCAGUGUCAAUAGUGGCGAUCAUCUCCCAGAUGGUUUCCUUAUCAAACGAGCCUUGAUGGACAAAACGGAUGACUUUGAAACGGUCUUGCGACGGCUAAGACCUAUCAUCAUUCCGAGACUCAAUUAUGGAGCGUGUACUCGACUGUGGACUCUGGAUUAUCUGAAGGGAAAGAUGGGCCCCAAGAGAUCCCCGCAACCUGAAGGCCGCGUAUUGCAGGACAACCCAGACCAUACGGUCGAACUUGAAAACAUCAAGUCAUCUCUUCAUAGACACCUGGAACGUGUCGACGUUAUAUCCUCCGAUUUCUACCCACAGAGUCUUACUACCACAACUUCGACCUUGCCGGCGCCCAGUCUCAUGCAAGAUAUGCCGACAAUAGCUCCCGAUUUUCAGCUACCAACACAGAUGACUUGCUUGAAAAGUCAUAUACAUUCUACCCUUUUACAUCUUUCCAACGGUAUCAGCACGUUUCCCAGGUACCACGUUACAGGAACUGUACUUUUCCAGGCCCGCGGCGUGAAAAAGCUAGUCCUCUUUCCACCAAGCGACCUCAACGAGCUGGGGUACCCAGCUGGCGCAACAAUUAGCAAUAUGCGCGUCUUCAGCAAUACCGGAUCAAGCCAGAAGUACUCAUUGCACCCUCCUCCCAGGACAGGUCCUCAUCUUGCAAUGUUGAAGGCCGGAGAAGCUUUGAUUAUUCCGCCAUUCUGGUCGUAUGCACAUGUGCCACAUUUUGAGCGGUCAAAAAGCGCAGGACAAGCUCUUGACAGUGUGAAUGGUCAUGCGAACCACGAUGGCAUUGCGACAAGACGCUUUAGCCACGCCGGGUCCGACAUUUCGGCGUCGUCGCUAUCCAGUGCUUCAGAAUUUGCCAGCGACUCACCAAGCUACAAAGGUCCAACAGACAGUGGCCAGGAUAGAAAUGAGCCGGAAAGGGUCUCUCACCUGGAUGUAGCCGUCAGUGUCUCGUACCGCAAUCUUGACGCCUCCGAAUAUGUCGUUCGGACAUCGCCCGCCAGCGACAUUGAUCUUGCGGCUUACGAAGACGGGCGCCGAGAUAUUGACAGGAUUCUGGGAAGAUUCACAUGCUCCAGGCAUCAGGCGAAUAUUGAUAAAACCAAUGACUCCAAGACGAACGGACGAGCCGGGCCUGUAACCAUACUCGAUGGUUUGCCGAAAGAUGUCACCAAAGCCAUGUUGGAGAGGUUAGGAAAAGAACUGCUGAUGAAGGCAGAAUCUCUGUGACAGAUGGGCGUCCAGGGACGUCAACACACCACCAGCGGGCGCGAGUGCUUGUGCUUCACCACAAGCUGUCUCGUGUCUAACGCGGCAAACGCUCCAUGACUUGUUGAGUCUAUGACUUCAACCGAAUACUGGAAGGCGCGGUUAUGUUGGGUACAUUCUCCUUGUUCGAGGGAGACUCCCGGCAAAAGGAUAGCUGGAUCAGUCUACUCAGGUCAAUCAUUCAUCUCAACCGACAGUUCAAGCUCCGUUGAAGAGACCAUAUAAAAGAAGGGGUUCGCUCCAUGUUCUGGACAUUUCUACAACAUCUCAACACAGAGCUCACUAUCCGUUUAGCAUUUUGUACUAUAUCUGAGACCGUUUCGAAUCUAUCAACUCAAACAGACGCUACUUCAACCCUGUUUGCUGCAUCAUGAGCUGCAAUGUCCAAGACCUGGAAUCUCACUCCGCUGGGCCACAGCUACUGCAACGGGAGAAAGGCUUUCGAAAGCAUCAACUAUUAUCCACACAGUACAACCGCGAACCAAGGACAUGGUACAAUCCAUAUUCCCAUCCCACAACUGAAUCCCCACAAUAAUAGGACCAUCAAUUAUCUUCGUCUUCAGAACGUUGUAUACAGAUCUACAGGCGCCAAUUCACUGAGUUUGGCCGACGUGAAAUCUUAGUACCCGAACCUCACGACACAGGACGUCGGUAACGGCAAGUUAGGCCUCAAACUUCCCGAGUUCGGUGCGGAGCCAUUCCUCGUCUGCAACCUGGUGUAAUGGCUGCUUGGAACACCACGACCGCACGCUGAUGCUCCGGCGGCAACUUUUGUUGGAUUAUCUUUGCUCACAGUGAGCUGGCAUGCAUGCCUACGCUGAUGGUGGUUGGAUUCCAUAAGUUUAGUGACAGGCAGAGCUCAUGGCGACGGUGAUGACUGUCUGUGUGAAAGGGACGUUCUAUACCUGAGCAAACGUAGAGCCCACAGAAUCUGAG